UUUUCAUCAAAAGCCACACACAAGGCUAUUUUCGUAAUUUCACUCUACACCCGUUAUAAAGCUCAUUGCUUCAACCACUAUCGUCUAUCUAUCAGAAGUUCAUUCAUUUCCUGCUAUAUCUUUCUAGAUAUAAUAUAAUUAUAAUAUAAUAUACGCAUUACACAAAAUCCUAAACCACAUUCUGCUUCCGGAUCCGGGUCGGAUACUGAACCACCAUCGCAGACAUGAAGUUGUUGUUCUUGACCAACACUGCAACCACGAGUAACUCGUUAUCAUACUGUGUGAAACAGAGUAAACCAUGUGUUGGGUGGGUUAACAAGUAUUUUAAAGAUUGUUUGUGCAAUCUCAGUGACGAGAUCUCUUUCGGGUUAGGAAUCGCCAGUCUUGUUUGUUGGGGUGUUGCUGAAAUCCCGCAAAUUAUCACCAACUUUCGCACUAAAUCUAGUCAUGGAGUUUCUCUUUUGUUCCUCCUCACUUGGAUUGCAGGGGAUAUCUUUAAUCUUGUGGGGUGUCUUCUUGAACCUGCAACGUUGCCAACACAGUACUACACAGCUGCGCUUUACACAAUAAGUACAAUAAUAUUAGUAUUGCAAAGCUUGUAUUAUGAUCACAUCUACACAUGGUUCAAGUCUAGAAAAGUUGAUGCUAAUGCUACUGCUAAUUCCAACACAGAGGAUGAAGAAGCCAAGAGACCUUUAAGACCAUCAAGUUUUGAUGUACCGCGCGGUUUAACUUCAAGAAACCGCGCGAUCAGAUCGCCAUCUCCACGACAGGAUUUUUUUUUCACGUCAGCAAGAUCAAUGGCUGGAAGUGCAACACCACCCAACCGGUCUUAUCUGUGGACAACAAGCAGUGGUCCAGCUUCUUCAAUGGUUGUUAAUGACGAUUCAUCUUCAGAAGAUGAGUCAUCUGUUCGGAUACCCAAGCCAGCUACCCAACCCAAACCCAUCCCACGCUCUGCUGGCUACGGAGCGUUUUUAGCGACAUCGUUAAAUUUGCCAUCGGGGACCAAGGCGUUGAUGCAAGUUUACGUUGGCAGGAAGUUGCUACAAGAGGGUGGUGGAAGUAAUACGGUGUAUGGGCAGUGGUUGGGUUGGAUGAUGGCAGCUAUAUACAUGGGUGGUAGAAUUCCUCAAAUUGUAUUGAAUAUUAAAAGAGGCAGCGUUGAGGGUCUGAAUCCUCUCAUGUUCAUCUUCGCUCUUAUUGCAAAUGCCACUUACGUCGGAAGCAUACUUGUAAGAAGCACAGAAUGGUCCAAAAUUAAAGCCAACUUGCCUUGGCUACUUGAUGCUGCAGCAUGUGUGGCCCUUGAUGCAUUUAUAAUAAUGCAGUAUGUGUACUACAGAUACUUGCGAAGGAGAACGGAUGAUGUGGAAUACUAUGGUGACUAUUCAGAAGCCAACAAAAGCCAAGUUUCUUGAUUGUAUGACAAGAAAGGUUGGUAAGGAUCCUUAAGAACAUACAAGAGAUGCAUGCCUGCCUGCCUGCAUGGUCUUUAAGUUCAAAUGUUAAUGGAAAAUGGGCACUUAACCUAUAUGUAAUUUCUUCAGGUAUUCCAUUUACACUUGCUUGUAACAAAACAAUUUGGGAACUCCUGGAUUUAUAAUGUUUUCGACGUUUAGUUUACCUUCUUAUUUUUAA